AAAACCAGCCCUUUUUGUCUGACCACGUUCGAUUUCUCCUUAAUCCCGAAGAAAAGCACAAACCCAAAAUCCCCAAUCAGAUUUAGAUCUAUUAGGAUCUCGGAGCAGCAAUGGCACUUGAAUGGGUGGUGCUAGGCUACGCCGCAGGAGCAGAGGCAAUCAUGGUCCUUCUCUUGACAAUCCCUGGUCUUGACGGGCUGCGCAAGGGACUGAGCGCGGUGACACGUAAUCUGCUGAAGCCGUUUAUGUCGGUGGUGCCGUUUUGCCUGUUUCUGCUGAUGGACAUAUACUGGAAGUACGAGACGAGGCCGAGCUGCGAGGGCGAGUCCUGUACUCCAACCGAGCACCUCCGACACCAGAAAUCAAUCAUGAAGAGCCAGAGGAAUGCCUUGUUGAUAGGUGUUGCACUCGUUUUCUACUGGCUGCUUUACUCGGUUACUCAUCUUGUUGUGAAGAUCGAGCAGUUGAAUCAGCGCGUCGAGAGGCUGAAGAACAAGGAGUAAUUGAUGAUGAUGGAUUGAUGAAUGAGAUAAGUGGGUUUUGUGUUCUGUUCUCAUGAAUUACUACGGUUAAAUGAGACUUUAAUUUCGUUUGCGGAUUCAGUUUUUUACUUGUUCAGGUAGUAACUCUGUUUGAUUUUGGAUGUGAAGAUCUGAUCAAUAUGCAGCUUUUCUUUAAUCAUUUUA